AUUCCCAAGCCCAGCCCACGACACCCCAUUCCUUAAUAACGGCCCUCCAAAUCCGAAAUCCCCAAUCCCACGUCCGGCGAAUCCCAUCCGACCAUCUCCGGCUGCCGGGCCUCCUUCCUCCGGCGAAAUGGGCACCGUCACUGCCGCCGAUCCGCACCCGUCCUUCCUCGCCGACAAGGACGCGAAGGUCUUCGUCGCCGGCCACCGGGGCCUCGUCGGGUCGGCGAUCCUGCGCCGCCUCCUCUCCCUCGGCUUCACCGAUAUCGUCGUCCGCACCCACGCCGAGCUCGACCUCACCCGCCAAGCCGACGUCGAGGCCUUCUUCGCCACCGAGCACCCCCGCUACGUGGUCCUCGCCGCCGCCAAGGUCGGCGGCAUUCACGCCAACUCCACCUUCCCCGCCGACUUCAUCGCCGCCAACCUCCAGAUCCAGACCAACGUCGUCGACGCGGCGCUCAGGUGCGGCUCCAUCCGCAAGCUCCUCUUCCUCGGCUCCUCCUGCAUCUACCCCAAGUUCGCGCCGCAGCCCAUCACGGAGUCCGCCCUCCUCUCCGGCCCGCUCGAGCCCACCAACGAGUGGUACGCCGUCGCCAAGAUCGCUGGCAUCAAGAUGUGCCAGGCCUACCGCAUCCAGCACGGCCUCGACGCCAUCUCCGCCAUGCCCACCAACCUGUACGGCCCGCACGACAACUUCCACCCGGAGAAUUCGCACGUCCUGCCCGCCCUCAUCCGCCGGUUCCACGAGGCCAAGGCGUGCAACGCCCCCGAGGUCGUCGUCUGGGGAUCCGGCUCGCCGCUGCGCGAGUUCCUGCACGUGGAUGAUCUCGCCGACGCGGUCAUCUUCUUGAUGGAUCAGUACUCGGGGCUGGAGCAUGUCAAUGUGGGGAGUGGGAGCGAGGUGACCAUCAAGGAGCUCGCGGAGGUGGUGAAGGAGGUGGUGGGGUUCCAGGGUAAACUCGUGUGGGACUCCAGCAAGCCGGACGGCACGCCGAGGAAGCUCAUGGAUAGCUCCAAGAUACAGGGGAUGGGGUGGAAGCCCAAGAUCACCCUCAAAGAGGGCCUCGUCGAAACCUACAAAUGGUAUGUCGAGAAUGUCGUCUCUGACAAGUAGUAGUGCAACGCGAUGGUGGUGUAUUCUUCAUUUGUUCUCCGCUGCUACUUCCACAAGUUGGUAUCAUGAUUUGUAGUGUCUCUAUUGUUCUUGGUUACCAUAGCACGAAAUCAUCAGUUAUAAGCUCAGCCACAUAGAAGAGUUUGUAAUGUGUAAGCUGAAUAAUCUGUGGAUCAGAAUAGUAUACUGCGAGAAGCAUAAUUGAUCUUGAACAAUUUUUGUUUAUUAGAUAAAGUUUAACACUCUGAA